CGGGGAGGAGGGGAGAGAGGGAGAAGAAGGGGAGCUUGAAGAGGAUGGGCUUGAGGACUACGAGGACGAGGAAGAAGAUGAAGAAGAAGAUGAUGAUGAGGAAGGAGAAGGGGACGUGGUAACAAAUUGGCAGGAUACGCUGGACCGGAUCCGCAUAACGCUGUUCUCCAAAUCAUACGGCAAGGAGAUUGGAACCGAUGAAGGCAGACGGCGUGAAUUUCUACACGAGUUCAAGGCCUUCUUUUCCGCAAAGCCGCCAAAUGAAAAAGGGAACAUCCUCCACUCGUUAGCUUGGAAUCGUACCCAAAGGCCAUGGCUCUUGAAACACUUGCUGGAAUUUCACAAGGAACGGAUGGAAGAUAUGAGUGAAGGAAAACGGCCACUCACCCUCGCCAUCUCGAAUAAGAACGAAGGGUUCGUCAGAACCGUCCUGCGGAGCAAACACGUUCGCCGAAGCCUAGUGAAUCUCCUCGGUGCAAACCGGGAGGAUACUACGAACGGCAUCCACCUGGCGAUCAAGACGGGCCUCAGCACCGAGCUUACCGUUGAACUCAUCUCGAAAGUCACGGAUCAAGUCUUGAGUCGACGAGAUGAAGCUGGCCUCACCCCACUCCACCUCGCGGUCGAGUACGAAAGAUGUACCGAAGCACAGCUUGACGUAGUAAAGGCCCUCCUCAAGCACGGAGAUUCGGCCCUAGAUGUGAGAACGAAGGUGGCAAAUCUGAGCGUGUACCGACAUCACUUCGACACUCGACCGAAAGAACGGGACACUGGGCCUGCAGGAGCCACGUCAAGCGGGGCACCAACGCAGCGGACGACAGCGAGAUGGAUGCGUCGUACAACAUCCGACUUGCCACAGCCUACUCCGCAACAGUUGAGCGAGGGGCAAACGCGGGGCAGCGAGACGGGACUCGACAAGAAGAAGUUGAAUCAGGCCAAAGACGGUUCAAGCAACCAGGGAGAUGGAGAGUUGAACGAUUGUGACUCGCACGCCCCAAUGCCAGUUCCGGGUGCCGACCCUCGACUACCUCACAAUCCUACGCUCGCGGGCGAUGGAACAGGCACCAUAACAAUGCUUGCUAAUGGCAAAGAUAUAGGUUCCAGACAGCAACUGGCGAACGUAGCCCGAAGAGUUGCACCACAAUCUCCUAGGUCUUCACAGGGGCACACACCCAACCUCCCUCCUGUACACCCUGCUCGCUCCAUGGCAAAACAAAGUCAAGGCCCCAAGGACGGAGCCAUCGUGACAAAAGUCUCGGCCGACAGGAUUUCGAAUGAGCUAAAGUUGCGAUAUCUCCGGUCCACGUUCGAGGAGCGGACCGAGGGUAAAGAGAGAACGCAGGAAACGGCAACAGAAUUUCUCUACGGCGGCAGCCGAAACACAGCUAGAGAGAUUUAUUUCAACCUGUUGCAUAGAGACGAGGGCAAGACAGAACUCCACGAAGAUGCUCUGAAAGAGAAGGGCUAUAAACACCUCGACUUCGAUACGGCACUCCGGUUUGUCGCCGUCGGAUCCCUGGUGAUUAGGCCGACGGAUGCCCGAGCCGACCGGGAUGAUGAUGACCACCGUGAGUGCGGUCGGAAAGACAUGGUGAAACUCUUCAAAUGGCUUCGUAAAGAUAAGGGGGUGAAGAACAUCAUUUAUCUCCGCGUCCAGGACGACGGCCAUUGCCCUCACACCGACAGGGCUAUCAUCACGGCGCUCAAGGACUUUGAAAUUGACAUUCUAGACUGGACAAAGCCCGAUCUCUGUCCCAAGACAAUCCAGGAAGCCUGCCCCAAGGUGCGAAAGCUGUAUUUGACGUGGAGCGGCCUUAAUGGCAUGCUACUGGCCUGGGGGGGACGAGACGGACUGGCGAACCUAGAGAACCUUACGGACGUCUACCUUCGACAGACCAAGUAUCUUGAGCCCACGAGUUGGACGAACAAGAAACUCGCCGACUUUGUAACGCUGCUCCAAAGUUCCAUCCCGGCAAGAGAAGAUCCGGAGACUAAGGUAGCCGAUCAGAAAGGAGGGCGCACGAUAACGGUGCACCCUCCGGAACAACCGCAAAUGGCUUCCGCCAGUUUUCAAGAUCCCAGCAAAGACCCCAGCCAGCAGCAGCCGGUGGACGGGGCGAAGCAAGAGCGUAGCAAAGACAGGGACGGGCAUGAAUGGCUCAAGAUCAUGGACCUUUUCACUCAGGGCAUCCGCGAGCUUCACCCUAACCAGACCAAAUUCGACCACCUGCCGGACGCGCUGAAGCAAGAGGUGCGCAUCUGCCUCAUCGACGAUGGAGUAGACUUUGACGACCGCGUUGGCGUCCGCAUGGAGCCGGGACGGGCUUUCGGCACCGAGUCCAACAAAGGCCUCCCUGAUAUAACAGUGCCCUACUACAGCUCCGCCACCAGGCACGGCACCCUCAUGGCCAGGAUGAUCCUGAGGGUGUGCCCGAAUGCCAGGAUUGUGCCCUAUCGGCUGGACACUAGGCUGGGCGAAGACGGUCUGAUGCACCCCACGGCAAAGAGUGCCGCCGACGCCCUAGAACACGCGACCGAGAGCAAAAACUUCGACAUCGUCUCCAUGUCGUGGUGCAUCAAGCGACAGUCGGACAACACCAAGGACGUCGACCGACUCCUCGUCGCCCUCAACAAAGUAGUCAAGGACAAGCUGGUCUUCUGCUCGGGCCCCGACGUCGGCAGCAUCAGCGGCGACGAGCUGCACUCGUACUACCCGGUCGGCCACGGCGACAGCGCGCCCUUCAUGUUCCGCAUCGGCGCCGCCAAGGCCGACGGCCAGCCGUGGCCCAAGGUGGGAGGCCUGAACGUCGUCGACUACACCCUCCCCGGCCAUAAAGUGCGCGGGAUAUUCGACGGCGACCUGGACGCGCGGAUGGCGUCGCUCGAGACGGGCUCGUCUAUCGCCACGGCGCUGGCGGCGGGCCUCGCGGCGCUCAUGAUCCACAUCGUGCGCAUGGCGGCCAUCCGCAUGCAUGAGCUGGGCCGGCAGGAGUGGGACGACGGGAACCUCGUCAAUGUUGCCGCGCUCCGGGCCAUCAAGUCGCGGGAUAAGAUGCGCGAGCUGUUCCAGGACAUGACCCGGCACUCGAUUGGGACCUAUGUGCAUGUGUGGCCGCGCUUUGGGGGGAAGGGUGAAGACCUUGAGAAGGUCGAUGACGACGCUGGGGACCCUGUCGCGGCAAGGUGGAAGACCCUUACGCAGCUGGCUCGCGAUAUCAUCUCUUCGAGGGAUAUGGUUCCGGAUCCUGCUGGCCGGUUUUGAACGGGGACGUGCCAUACUAUCGGGAUGUACUGUGUAAUAGUUGGUUCGCAUCCCUGCAGAGGACUGGAUCUCGUCCAGCCAAACGGCGAUGAGGGGUACCAUCGCAUUUAUCAUAGACUACGUACCUAAUUAACAGCCGAUUCUCACUCCCA